CUUCCCUUCAGUCUGUGCUGUAACCCAGAGGGUAAAGGUUCAGCCUUCAACAUGUACUUCAUUUGCUUACAUGGCCUAAGAACCCCUAAGAAGAAGACUAAAAUUCACAUCCCAGUGAAAAAGAAACACAAGUGUGUCAGCUCAGCCUUUGGGAAGAAAAGAUGGAAGAAGAAGGAGGCCUAUUUUGUUUACAUGGGGAGACUGCUAAAGCAAGUCCACCCGGACUUCAGCGGGUGCUCCUGGGUCUUGGCUGUGCUGUGCUCUCUGGAGGUCUGGCUGCUGGAGCAGGUGAGCCUGGAGGCAGUUAGGCUGUCCUUCCACUACCACAGAAGAGCCGUCACCAGCAGAGAGAUCCUCGAAGCAGUCAAGCAGAGAGCCUCUUGGAAGAGCUUUUGAAUAAAUGGAGUGCUUCUGAAUGGUCCUGUUGUAGAUACAAUCAUACUUGUCAAAGAAAAAAAAGGCUAUAUUGCAGGCUGGAUUGGAAGAGAGGUACCUGCUGUGAUAGUCGUGGUGCCACCUGCCUGGUCUCCGGGUUCUCUGUUGUCAUCCUCUGACUUAAUUUGUGAAAAAAAGAAAAGCAUUUUCUUUUGUGUGUGGGUGUUAUGUUUGUAGUCUAUGGCAUUUAAAUUUUGCUUUGGCAUGCUUCUUCCCUGUUUGGAGCUUACCUGUUAUCUUUUCUGGGGACACAAUUCAACCUGUAACACUCUGCUUGCCAUUAUGUCUCCAUACUUCAGCUCCAGGAUGGCGGCUGCUGCAAAGGAAUGAACUGAUGCUUUUUCUUAAAAUGUAAGCACCCCUACCUUGACUUCUAGGAAUGAAAAUAUAUAGUGGGAAGGGCUCUAUUUGCUCGUUGAGUGUCAGACUCAUGGUUAUUAAUGUAGCACUCAGCCUAAUAGCAUGUGUGUUAUAAGUGCCAAGUGUAAAAGCUGGUUCCAAUUGUGGAUAAAAACAAUACAAUUAUAGAAUUUUAAAAACGCAAUAAUUUAGAAGCAGCAAGAACAAACAGAUGAUAAACUUAGACGUUGGGGGUCUGAAAAAACCUGGGUAGGUGACAUGAAGAGCAGGUGCUAAGCAUGGUAAGGGUUUGGAAUGGGAAACCUGGACGCUGAUGGGCAGAUGGCCUGCUAGGAAUGUGCGCCUGUUAGAGUUUCUGUGCUCAUGAAUCUAAAGCAAAGCCAGCCUUGCUUUCAAAACUUCCAGCUGGAUACAACUGUUGCC